AUGCGCUUCGCUGCUAGCGCCGCGGGAGCCGCGAAAGGGUUACUGGGGAAUGUAGUCCGGCGGGUGUCCCUGAGCGCCCCUGCGCUGCAAAGGCUGCGAGGUAUCCCGGCCGGCCAAACGCGGACCUCUUUGGAUACGCGUGCCUCUUUGGAUACGCGUGCCUCUUUGGCUCUCACUUCCUUUCUUUGUUGGAGGGGAAGGGACGGAGAAUAUGAGUGGAAAGUGGAACAAGGUCAGGAAGAUCAGCCCAUCUACUUAGCAGUAAAGGGAGUGGUGUUUGACGUCACUUCCGGAAAGGUUUCCAAGACUGGUCUCACGGCCAAGGAGCUGGAGGCCCUGGAUGAUGUGUUCACCAAAGUGUACAAAGCCAAGUAUCCUAUCGUUGGCUACACAGCCCGGAGAAUUCUCAAUGAAGAUGGAAGCCCCAACUUGGACUUCAAGCCUGAAGACCAGCCCCAUUUUGACAUCAAGGACGAGUUCUGA